AUGUCGAUGGAGGCGUUAGCGACACUACUUCCGUCGGGCUCGUAUUCCAAAGCCCAACCCUUCUCACCACAGCUCUCAAAAGUUGAAUUAUCAAACAAAUCAUGUGGAAACAGCAGACAUAACAAGCAAAAUAGGAAAGAAGACCCACCAUUAACUGAUCUGAAGUCGAACGGCUUCUUUGUUUCUCGAUUAAAACAACCAAAUAUCGCUCCAACACUUCCAGUACUCUCUCCACAUUCACCAAUGAAUGCUAAUAUAUAUUUAAAUAGCCAGCAUACCCAGCUUUCCGGUCGAUAUUUAAACAAUAAGGUGUCCCAACAGACGGAUGCUGUGAAUAGUGUGAAACGAGUGGCAUCGAACAGAUCUCUAAAGGACAAAGGUCAGAACGUUUUAUCCAUUUCAUCGACAACCAUAAAGUGCAACUGUGAGAAGCCCCUCAAAUCCAAUGGAUCCGACUCCGAAGCCAACGACGAAAUCAAAAUUAAGUUCAGUUCAGAAGCGAGUGUAGCUGACCACAGCAAGGGCUGUUCGCAAUUGAAGUGUGCCGUUUCUCCGAAGCUGUCAUUACAUAAAAGUGGCUUUCAGCAGGCCAUCAUUAUUUCCGAUGAAAGCGAAAUCAGAAAAUCACCGCGAACAGCUCCCCAUAACACGAAACAGCUUGCCAGCAAUGCAGACAAUCAGUUUUACCGCCAACUUACUCACAAAAUUAGCAAAUCCGAGCAAACUUCACCCAACAAUGUGGAGAUAGAUAAGGCCAACUUUUUGUAUGAAACGAAUAACAGAAGUACGGGCUGUUUGGUCUAUCCCUCGGAUCCUUGGAUUAAGAAUGCGGACAUUAAAAGCAACAUCUCACCCAAAGCGGAAAAGCAUUUAAACUUGCAUCACAACAUAGAUCCUUGGGUAAGGCGUCACACUGAAGAUGUCACCGUGGAGAUGGUGACACGGCUUCCCAAAAAGAAUAUCUAUCGCGAAAAAUCUCUUUCUUCCAUAAACAAUAAACUGCUGUCAACUAGGACUGAGAAAUCCAAGUGCGUUAAGCCACAACUGAAGCAUUCGAAAACUGCAAUUGAUGAUCCAACCGAUGAUCAUGUGUUUUUAAAAGAGCCAGGACUGCUAUUUGCCCCAUUUUCCCCACAACACCGCAACGCAUCGCAUAAGGCUUGGUCCCUGGACCAAAGCAAAUCCGCCAGCUAUAUACCAGAUAAAGUCAAGGAGAUUUCCAGUCCGUUACCGAACCAUGUUAGAAAAUCAGUAUAUCAAAAUACUAAUAGCAACUUACUUUGUCCGAACGAUAUAGCACUGCACUCUAGACACAGCUCCUUAUCGAUUCCCACGCAAUCCAAGGAGGAACUUCCUCUCAAUAUUCGUCGGUUGUCUGAGCAGAUUCGCGAGCCACCGUUGGAGCGAAACUUAUCGUUGUCUCUCAGUGAUCGGAACGUUAGUAAACAGCCAGCUUCUGACUGUGCUGGCGACCGUGAACCACAGAAGACGAGAAUGCCAGACAGAUUUUACGCGAAUAGGGAUGCCGCUGUGCAGAGUGUAGAGAGCCAUCAUGAAGACUUUAUCUCCUUAAAACGAGCCCCCAAAGAUUCCACAUCUGUUAAUAAUGUAAAGCCCUUUACGACUACUUAUAAGCCUGAUCCACUUCUAGAAACCACCUGUUAAAACCAUUCGCUAGGAAGCCGACAGCCGAAAGCCGAUAUUCAAGUGUCUCUGCAUAGCUCAUUUAUAGGUCAUCAAACCAUAAAAACAUAUAGUAUGUCUUAUAUAUAUAUAUAUCAAUCGAAUCUAAUUAUGAAUAUAAUAAAACAUUAAUACAACUAUUUUUAGUAGUACUUUAAGUUUGAAAUUUUUACAGUGAUUUUGCAUUUAUAUUAAGUAACAAACACGAUAAUCGCCCUGCCAACAAUGGGGCUGAAUUCUAGGCUUAACAACAUUCGCAAGCAUAUAUAUAUGUGUGUAAUAGUGUACUUUCUCCUCAUUUUAUUGUCAUUUUACAUAUUUGUUGUAAUACAUUUUAUAGUUAUAAUAAAAUCUUUAUAAAGUGC